GAAUUCACUGUUUGCUCCGAUGGCACCGUCGGAAGCGCAAGGAUACGACGAGCUAAAGGAUGAGGUGCUCGCUUUGCACAUCUCCUUUUCGUCGAUCACUAAGGACAUGAUUACUGAAUUGCCAACUUUCAGCACUUUGACUCUGAUAAGCAGUCUGGGUGGAGUCUUGAGCCUGUACUUGGGAAUGUCUUUGGUCAUGUGCCUGGAAAUCCUUGAAAUUUUUCCGCUCAUGAUGCAAAGAAUCAUCAACCGGCACUUCAAUACAAGUCAGAAACCAGAUCCAGGGCCCAAGAUUGGUGUGCCGCGUCGGAAUGCUCGGAAGAGAUACCCGAAACCCGUCGCAUGGGCCAUCAAUACCAAUUGA